AUGGCGGAUCCCGCGCCGACGCCUCCAAGACAGGACGUACGUCACUACCAAAACGAAGGUUGGGUCGUGCCGCAGGCCAGGCUGGAUGCCGACUACAUCGAACGCCUUCGGCAGUGUCUGGAGGAGGUGAUGGCUCAGAACCCAGACAUCCGGCCUGAGCGCCUCGUUUCGGCCCACACCGAGGAGCGCGGUGCAGAAGGCGUUCAAGGCUCGACAGAGUUCCUGGCGCUGGCGAGGCAUCCCACGCUGCUCGAGGCCGUGGCGCAGCUGGCCGGCGGCGAUCUCGGCCUAUGGGGCUGCCAGAUUUUCUGCAAGCCAGGGGGAGAUGGCAUGGAAGUGCCCAUGCACCAGGAUGGCGAGUACUGGCCGAUCAAGCCUUUGGCGACUGUGACAGCAUGGGUGGCGCUGGACAGGUCUGACAAGGAGAAUGGCUGCCUCAGGGUGGUGCCAAAGUCGCACGCCAGCAAAUGCAUCUUUGAGCACGAGACGUCCAACAAGGAUGGGCUCGUCCUCACCCGCACAAUCAAGGACUCCGCGCUGAGUCCGCUCCCCGAGCCAGUAGAUGUCGAGUUGGAGCCAGGGCAAUUCUCCUUGCAUGACGUGUUCCUCGUCCACGGCUCCAAUGCCAACAAGUCAUCAAGGCGACGCGCAGGUGUUGCGUUUCGUUACAUGCCAACGACCUCCCUGCUGGAGAGGGACUCCACGGAUGUCCCACAAGGUGGCUAUACGAUCGACUGGAAGAACAGGCCCAUCUUCUUGCUUAGCGGCCAGGACCGUAGCGCGGGAAGGAACACCUACUCAGUGCUGCCCCCGGUGUUAGCCCUGCCACCGGGCUUCGCUGCCACGGCAGCUGCCGUGGCGCCCUCUACAUGGCAAGAGCUCCAGAGAUGGCUGCAGGAGGACACCAGCAUUCCCUGGGAGCGGGCGAUUGAGGGUCGUCGAGUGGCACAGUGGGGCGUUCGUUACGACUACGACAAGCAGGAAGUGGACCUCACCCCGGUGGCCAGCAUCCCACCCAAGCUGCGAGAGCUCUUGCCGCAGGUGGGGCCCGGCUUCACACAGUGCAUCAUCAAUGAGUACGGACCGGCUGAUGGCAUCCCUUGGCACGUGGAUGACUUGGUCUUCGGUCCUGAGAUUCUCGUCUUCGUCUUCGGGGAGGCGCGCCCCUUACGCCUUCGCCGUACCGACUCCGAGACGUCCAUGUGCGUCGACAUCGGCCACCUGUGGUCCUACAGCUUCCAAGGCGAGUCUCGCUACGGCUGGCAGCAUUCCAUCCCGGAAGGUCUGGGCAACCGCCUAUCUGUAACGUUCCGAAGCCUGGCGGCGUGA